AUGUGGGCGGGAGGGCUGGUGGGCGCGCUAACCCCCUUCAGGACUAGCAGCAGGUCUCCGCUCAGAACGCAAGAAAUCGUAUGUUGUAGGAUGAUGCUUAACAUUUCUGUUGGCCUCUCUUCGAUCGUACGUCGCCUUCACAUCCCCUGUGAUAAAACCCAUUUGUGGUCGGGGUUCUUUAUCACAUCCACGCGUUGGCAUUGCCAGAGUUUAAUCCAUUGCAGGCCCCUUUCCCCAUAUCCGCAGCCGAUGGCCUCUUUCGUGCAGUCUCUGCCAGUCUGCUCGGCUGUUCGCAAGCAGUCGACCACAGCUCCCCUCUUCCUCAAUGCUUCACAGAUUUUCGCUUCAUCGAGGACAUGUAGCUCUUUCUACACAUUAUCUUCACAGUCUAGAUUGAUCUCUUCUCGUAAGUCCGCUCAACGCCCCAAAUCAAAGCCUUCCGCCCAUCAGUCUCGGACGUUCCUAGCUCAGCUCAAACGGCAAUCUCAGACUUUGAAAGAAACCCCUUCCGCAACGACAGGAGCAGUCCCUCCUCCUGGUGCAAACCUGCAAGUCACAAACCUCCCAUAUUUCAUUCGUCGCACAGCAUCAAACCAGCUCCCCGUAUACCUCGUCACAAAAGCCGGUGGUACCAAGCAACAGACCAAGAUUCAGAAGACGGAAGGUGAUCUCGAAGCACUGAGGAGCGACCUUGCCCGGUAUCUCGGUCUAGAAAGCGGCGACCCGCGUGCGCCAAAAAGCCCAGACGUCACUAUCAACCGCCUCAAUGGUCAUAUUAUUGUCAAGGUAUGCCAGGGAAUAUGCCUCGCGCCGUCCAGAGCUUUUUUCCUCCUUUAUCAAUGCGGUUGCUAA